UGAGUGCAGAAAGGGAAGAGUUGUGUGCUUUUUAGCCUCCUUCCCAGAAUGCGGUGGAAACUCCGCCCCUGUCUCCGGGAACACCCGGCUUCUGCGGUGGCUGUCACCAAGGGCGGAGCUGGGGUCUGGGCCCCUCCCCGUCUGCAACAGCUCUCGGGCUGGGAGCGAUCACUGUCACCCCUUAACCUCUCUGUUCCUCUUCGCGGCGGCCCUCCCUUUCCCUUGUCCUUUCGUGCCCCAACCACAUCCUGGAGCCCGCACUCCCGCACGGGCCUCCGCUGGGACGGUGCACCGGGAGUCCUGGCCUGAGAUCUGCCCUGCGUGGCCUCCUCCUACAGCCCCUCUCCGGGCCCACCCCUCGGCUGCGCUGAUUGGCUGCUCCUGCCCCGCCCUGAACAGGCAGGGUCCACUGACCCGCGGAAAGUUUUCCGUGCCGGGAGGAAGCUGGACGUUCGGAGACUCCGAGAAAGCAGCAGCUCCGGAGGCUGCAGGGGUCUGGGCGGCCAUGGAAGAGCCCCCUUUGCGAGAGGAGGAAGAGGAGGAGGGGGACGAGGCUGGGCCCGAGGGGGCCCUGGGCAAGAGCCCCUUCCAGCUGACCGCCGAGGAUGUAUAUGACAUCUCCUACGUGAUGGGCCGCGAGCUGAUGGCCCUGGGCAGCGACCCCCGGGUGACACAGCUGCAGUUCAAGAUCGUCCGCGUCCUGGAGAUGCUGGAGACGCUGGUGAAUGAGGGCAGCCUGACGAUGGAGGAGCUAAGAAUGGAGCGGGACAACCUCCGGAAGGAGGUGGAGGGGCUGCGGAGAGAGAGCUUGGCGGCCGGCAGGGAGGUGAACCUGGGACCAGAUAAAAUGGUGGUUGACCUGACAGAUCCCAACCGACCACGCUUUACUCUACAGGAGCUGAGAGACGUGCUUCAGGAGCGCAACAAACUCAAGUCGCAGCUGCUGGUGGUGCAGGAAGAGCUGCAGUGCUAUAAGAGGAAGCAUGGCUGCUGGCAAUCAGCAAGUGAGAGAGAAUAGCCUUCUUCCAACUUCUGUACAUCAAAUCCAGGGAAGUACUCUGGCCCUCUUUGGGUCACCUGACCUAAAUAUCUUAUUGAUCGAUAUCAAUCUAGGUCUUAUCACCAUCUGACUUACUAUAUAUUUUUAAAUUUUACUUAUUUAUUUGCUUCUUGACUGUUUCCUUUCCCAAUGGGAUAUAAAUUGCAUGAGAGAAGGUAUUUUAUCUAUUUUGUUAAUUGCUAUAUCUAUAUACAUUGGUACAAUUUGUAGCUUAAUAAUAUUUGCUGAACGAAUGAAUGAAUUCCAUUUAUUAUCUCGCUUAAUCCCUCAAUCCUAGGAAUUAGGUACUUUCAUUAUCCUUAUUUUACUAAUUAGGAAACCAAAGGUUAAGUUAGAGAAUUUAUACAUGGUUAUAUUUCUAGCAAUUGGAGAAGCUUAAAGUACCAGCCAAUGGAAUUAGCCAAGGGAAAGAAAGAAGAGGCGCCAACAGUGGAAAGGCGGAAGGAAGAUUCUAAUCAUCUGAGUCAGAAUGUCUAACUGUAGCAUUUCCAUGAUAAUAUUAUUAAUAUAAUAAUAAUUAUUAAGCACCUUCACUUUCAGAGCUGCACAGAUAAGAGAUCUGCAAUAAAACAACCCACUUAUUUGUCUCCUUUU